UGCAGGCCGCUACACAUUCCGCUACAAUCCCCAACUCUGCUUUCUCCGUGGAUUCUGCUAACCCGUCUCUUUCGCUUAUCUGGAAUCUGCUUCCUCUUCUACACUUUCCGGCAGUAACUCCGGUUGGUCCCAUGGCCGGAGUUCGAUUCGGCCGUAACGCGAAACCCCGCGCUCCACUCAGCUUCUGCUUGAAAGUCUCUCUUGUAGUUCUCGUCGGCCUGUCCUUCUUCGUCGUCUGGUCCGUCUUCUCCUCACCCUCUUCCUCGGUCUCUACUAGACGUGACAACUUCGACGACAUCCAAAGGAGCCCUUCAGCUCGGAAUCAUUCCAUAGCUUCCAUAACUCCACCUCCCGCUCCGGCGAAGCCGAGCAGGAGCAGGAACGAGAGCGAAUCUUCGGUUCGCAAGGAAGAGAAGAAGGCAGUGGUCGAACAGAAGGCUGAUCCCAAGGCGAAUCCCGACGAGGAGCGUGCUGAGGGCGAAGAGGAAGUAGAAAUCGACGUUGAGGAUGGAGUGGAUGUGAAUCAGGAAGGGUAUAACGAUUCAUCUGGUGAGGAGAAUGAAAGCAAUAAUAACAGGAAGAAGAGUAAGAAGAAGAAUUUGGGGCCUUUGUUUGAUCCGAAAGCUAGGUAUGAGUGGAAGUUAUGCGGAGGUAGAAGCAAGCAGAGCUAUAUUCCUUGCAUUGAUAUGGAAGGACUCGGGGGAAGGAGGCACCAUGAAAGAAGUUGCCCUAGUGGGGCGGUGACAUGUCUGGUGCCUCUACCAAAGGGUUAUUCGGCUUCGGUGCCAUGGCCGGAGAGUAAAUCCAAGGUGCUUUUUGGGAAUGUAGCUCAUCCCAAGCUUUCUGCUUUUGUGAAGACGAAGAAGUGGGUGAAUAUUUCUGGGGAAUAUCUGACGUUUCCUUCCGGGGAGUCUGAGUUUAAUGGUGGAGUGCAGCACUAUCUUGAUUCAAUUGAAGAGAUGGUACCUGACAUUGAAUGGGGGAAGAACAUCCGCAUUUUAUUGGACAUUGGAUGUAGUGAUGCUAGCUUUGCAGGCACUCUUCUUGAGAAGGAUGUUUUAACUCUAUCUUUAGGUAUGAUGAGCGAUCAGAUAAACUUUGCUCAAGUUCUUCUUGAACGCGGCAUACCUGCUGUGGUGGGAAAUCUGGGCACACGGAGACUCCCAUUUCCUAGCAGCAUUUUCGAUGCUAUUCAUUGCAGUGGGUGCAAUAUACAUUGGCAUUCUAACGGUGGGCGGCUCCUUCUGGAGAUGAAUAGGAUACUACGUCCAGGAGGAUACUUUAUUAUGUCAUCUACACAUGGAGAUGCUGAAAGCGAAGUGGGCAUGUCAUCAUUGACAGCAUCAAUGUGUUGGAACGUGCUGGCUCAUAAGACCGAUGAAAUCAGUGAACUGGGCGUUAAGUUAUACCAGAGACCAGCGUCGAACGAGAUAUAUGACCUGAGAAGGAGAAAUGAACCAUCAUUCUUCCUUGGCUGUGUAAUUGCGAAAGAGUUUCUUUUUCAUCGAAGACCAUGCUGUUUAAUCAGCCAUGCUGUUCUAUUUGCAGCGGCUCUAAUACCUCAAAAGGUUUGGGUUAUGAAUGUAGUUCCUGUACAUGCUCCAAACACUCUUCCUAUCAUUUUCGAGCGCGGUCUGCUCGGCAUCUACCAUGAUUGGUGUGAACCAUUCAGCACUUAUCCGAGAUCUUAUGAUCUUUUGCACGCCGAUCACUUGUUCUCCCGCCUCAAGAACAGGUGCAAACAACCCAUCGCCAUUCUAGUUGAGAUGGAUAGAAUACUGAGGCCUGGAGGUUGGGUCAUCAUACGAGACAAAGCAGAGAUUUUGAAUCCCAUAGAGAAAAUAUUUAAAACAUUACACUAUAAUAUAACUCUGACAUUCACUCAGGACAGGGAAGGUAUUAUCUGCGUGCAGAAAACAAUCUGGAGACCGUUGGGAUGAAAUUUGUUUUGAAAAAUACUGUCUUGAUGAUCAUCAAUGGCGGCUUCUCAGCUUCUUCUUCAAUACACAACAGAGGCUUCUAGUAAUUUAUGUGCUGCAUUUUCUAAAGAAUAAUAUCGUGUAUCGUUUUGAUGUGCCACACUGUAUCAUUUCUGAUGACGGGCUAACUUUCAAUAUCACCAAGAUCAAUCAAUUCGCUCGUCAACAUCAGAUCGAUUGACGGUAUUCUACGAUAUACUACCCGAGAGCUAACUGUCUGUAAGAAAUGUUUGUUAUUGUAAAUGGGGUAUAAUCUCCCAUAUGUUUAAUCUUGAUUCAUUUAAGAUAUUGUUUCUUAUGUAUAAGUUAUAUUCAUUUCUUAUUGGUGCCUUUACAUA